CUCCCCCCGUGGUGGAGGGCAUUCUCAGACUGUGAUGCACGAACUCAAAACUAGAAGCGAAAAGCGAAUCGAGUCGUAAUGGCGUCGUCGUCGUCGUCGUCCUCCUCGCCACACGACCGCAGCAGACCGAGCGAGGACGAGGAGGACCCGGUCGACCAGAUGAUCUCCAGGACGGGAUGCGCGGAGCUCCACUACGCUGUGCAGGAGUGCAUGGCGGAGCGCCAGGACUGGCGGAAGUGCCAGCCCCAGGUGCAGGCCUUUAAGGAGUGCAUGUUGACAUUCCAGAGCGCAAGGAAGGAGCAACUCGCCAAGCAGAAACCAGCACAGGUCAAUUAGUAGACCUGACUUCGUGUCUGAAACUACUUUUUCUUUCUUGUGACUUUGCUCAGUGGUGUGAAAGUUUUUGGCAUGCCAUAUACCAAUAGUUUUCAUAUGGCCUUUUCUUCUGCGUGGCGGCCUGUAGCGUAGUGGUUAAGGUAAAUGACUGGGACAUGUAAGGUCGCUGGUUCUAAUCCCGGUGUAGCCACAAUAAGAUCCGCACAGCCGUUGGGCCCUUGAGCAAGGCCCUUAACCCUACACUGCUCCAGGGGAGGAUUGUCUCCUGCUUAGUCUAAUCAACUGUACGUCACUCUGGAUAAGAGCGUCUGCCAAAUGCCAAUAAUGUAA